AUGGGUGAAACUGUUAAUUGCCUGGUCAUUUGUGGAAAUUGUCUUUGUCAUAACAUUUCUUGUGGAAGCUAUACUUAUGCCUAUGGUUAUAAUUUUUUUGGCUUUUCUCCUCAGUCUUGUUCUUGUAAUUAUUCAUCUGGCUGCUCAUUUACACAUUGUAGUUAUGGCCAAGAGGAUGGUAGUAAUAAAAAUAGUAGCUCUUGUCCUCAAUGUUUUUUAAACUCAAAUUCCGUCGUGUGUACUAAUUGUACAUCUAUUACUUCUGAUGGUUGUAACUUUUAUAAAUCAUAUUUUGGAUUCACCCAA